AUGGUUUUCAAAACUUUGAUUUUGGCUAUUCUGAUGGCUGUAACUGCUAAUAGUACCAAGCCGGAUAAGAGAAGUGCGGUUCCCUGGGACCUAGUGGGUUCGUCUGGAUGGAACACUGACGCGGACAGUGUUCCCGCCACGGUGGCUAUAAAUGGAAAUGGUAAAGACGGCUGGUCAACAGACACGAACAGCGACGUAGCAGGAGCGCUGGCAGCAGCAAAAUCAGCUGCAGCAGCGGUGAUGGCAGCUCAACAGCAAGUUGCAGCAGCAAAGCACGCCGCCCUCGAGCAGCAGAGCGUCGCCAGUGCUAAGGAGGCGGCGGCUGCCCACGCUGCGCAUAAGAGUGAGGAAGCAGCGAGAAGAGCUCGUGCUCAAGCUCUAGAAGCGGCUCAGGCUGCAGUUCAUGCUCAGGCGCAGCUCGCAGCGGCUAAAGCUAGAGCAGCCGCAGCACAGAAGAUUGCUGCAGCGAGAGAAUCAGCCGCUGCGAAGGCGAUUCAGAACGCCGCACAUAGUCAGGCUGCUAGGCUGCAGAAUGCCGAUAUAGAAUCGCUAAAGUGGUCGGUGCUGCAAAGCUCCGGCGCCGCGGGUGCUGCGGGCGCAGCACAGCACGCUGCAACCGCUGCGGCGGCAGCUCUGCGACCCGACGCGAGUGCAGGAUGGCUGCCGGCAAGCAGGUGGCAACCGUAUUCGUCCAGUGCUUGGAUUUGGUGA